AUGAUAGUAAAGCGAUUUAAAUCGAACUUCAUAGCCAACGCUUUGAAUUUGUUCAGGAAGGAUGUUGCUAAAACUGUCAGUCAGAGUCAGUCAAUCAUUAGACACGAAGAUGCGUCGAAUUUGAAUAAAUUCAAAGAUUAUAAACCAUCAAUUAUAUCAUCAGUAACUUAUGGUCCCGUACAAGAACAGUUCUUGAAGGGCAAGCACGAUAAAGUUAUUCAAGGCAAUAAGUUCAAUCAGGAUUUACAGGAACUUAUUGACAUUUUGAAUUUAUCAAAUCCGAAAAGUAUCGAAUACCAUAAACAGUUAUUGAACUUGAAUAAUCAAAAGUUUACUAAUGCCAUCAAAACAUUAUCAGAAGACAAGUUGGCCGAAGUGCUUAACUUCCUUUUACUCCAACCACAAAAGAAUUUCGAAAAACUAUCCAUAGUCAUGAUGAAUCCCAAACUUAACUUUAAGAAGAUCCCUGAAAUAGAAGAAUUCGAUUUAGAUGAAAUCAACGAAGUUAAAUUUAAAAUUUUAAUGUUACGUAAAUACAAUUUAAGCCACCAACCAUUGAAAAUCAUGAAAUCCUUGAAGCACAACUUCCAUACCAUUUAUCCCUUGAUAAAAGAUAAAUCCAUACCUCAAUACUACGAGAGAAUAUUUUGGUAUUUCUAUUUCCGUUACAAUAAAGACUUGAAAGAGAAGAUUUUGGAAUUAGAUGAUGUUUACCAUAGCUUUACCAUCUGGGAAGCUUUACCAAAUUUCCAAGAAGUUUCGAAAACAAUUUUACAUAGUCAAAAAUUGAGUAAAUUCCAUGAAGUAUUCUUCCUGGUAGUAUCUAACAAAUCAGUGGGUGAAAUCAUAAAACAAAAUCCUAAUAUCCUAAACAGUAUGAAAAAGUUCAGUAUCAAUCACAAGAUUUACGCCAAUGAUUUAGGAUCGGUGAAUUUCGCCAAGUUAGUGAAUGACCAAAUAACACCCUUAUUGGAGAACCCAAAAUCUGUUCAAGACCUAAUUGAACAAUUGACUGAAGAAGAUUUCAAAUGGAAUGACAAGUUCAUGUUCUUGAUGAAUGAAAUCAAAUAA